UUGGUGAUUUUAAUUGUUUUGGAGCUCCAGAAUUUUGUCUUUCCUCUCCAGUCGUCUGGGUAUAUCCGCGGGAUGUGGUCGUGUCUCGGAGUGGCGCUCCUGGUGGCGUGCGCAAGCGCAAUCACGCGCGACCGCUUCUACCCUUAUGGGGUCGGCUUGGACCAAAAACUGCCCAGGGGUGAGGAAGUGCCCUGCCCGGAAUUCCAACUGAAAGUACCCAUUUUAUUUUACGGACAAAGUUACGAGUCUGUUUACGUAAACAAUUUUGGACUCAUUUCCUUCAGAACAGGAAUCCCUUCGUUCAUCAACGCUGAAUUCCCCCUGCCCUAUCCUUCAAUAGCAGCAUUCUACACCAACGUGGACACUACAGAAACAGGAGAAAUAUAUUACAGGGAGACAGACGAGGUUCACAUACUGUCCAAAGCCGAAGACAGUGUCCAAAACAACUUCCAUGACUAUUACGACUUCAAACCCAAAAGUGUAUUCAUUGCGACGUGGAUCGACGUUUCAUAUAAGACAAUAGGUAGUCACAAACCGAAGAACAGUUUUCAAAUAGCAAUUAUUAGUAAUGGCACUGAAAGCUUUGCUGAGUUCUUGUAUCCUGAAAGAGAAAUACAAUGGAUACAGAGAGAGACAGAAGAUCCAUCAAUAAAAGAUGCGAAAGCUCAAGCAGGGCUUGUUGCUGAGGAUGGACGAGUAUAUGCCUUACGAGGCUCCGGUAGUGACCAAAUUCGAAACGUUAUGGUAUUAUCAAAUUCACAAGAACCAGGAAAAUACAUAUUUAGAAUUGGAAAUAUAUCGCCCGAGGAUAACGUAGAUGUGCCAGACACUUACAAUCAAACAGACGACCUGGAGGAAGAAUCUAAGACUUGCGCUCAAAGUGGACCCAGUAUGUGUCACAUGCAAGCGCGCUGCGUUGACUACCAAGCAGGCAUCUGCUGUCAAUGUAACGAUGGAUUCUAUGGAAAUGGGAAAUCAUGUAUCAAAGACGAUGUUCCUGUCAGAGUACAUGGAAAAGUCACUGGUGUUAUUAAUCAAGUACAGUUUGAUGAUAUAGAUAUUCAAGCGUAUGUAGUUGUAGCUGAUGGUAGAUCGUACACUGCGUUAUCGCAGCUUCCACCUGGAUUGGGAAAUAGCCUGCAGCUAUUAACUGUCUUAGAUACAACCAUUGGCUGGCUAUUCGCAAAACCAUCAGGUUACGUAAAAAAUGGCUAUCAGCUUAGCGGAUCAGUAUUUAAUCAUAGUGCAGAUAUUUACUUCCCCGCAACUGGAGAAAGGUUAUCAGUUCAUCAGGAGUAUUUAGGUCAUGAUGUAUUUGAUCAAAUAACUAUUGAAAUAGAUGUUCGAGGAACUUUGCCGAUUCUUCCUGAUAGAACGAAAUUAGAGGUCACAGAAUAUGAAGAACAAUAUACUAUUGUUGAGCCAGGAAUGGUAAAGUCACAAUCAACCCGAAGGUUUACUAACAAGAUCACAGGCCAACAAUACGAACAAGUCCUAGCACAAUCUUUUAGUUACAAUCCAUGUCGAUUUGCACCAGUUUCAGAAGAAGACACAGCUCCUUCCACAUUGAAAAUUUCAAAGAAUUAUUUGGGUUAUGAACCCAAUGAUCAAAUAGUAAGAUAUGGCACAAGCAACAAAAUUACGCCUUUAGGCCAUGAAGAUCCAUGUAUCCAAGGACGACAAUCCUGCGGCGCUCAUAGCUCUUGUGUAGUAAGAGGCGAUUCUUUUACAUGUGAAUGUCAAUCAGGAUUCACCAAUAUUUUCCAUGAAAAUUCAGUUAUAUGUGUUGAUGUUGAUGAAUGUACAAGUGGUUCCCACAACUGUCAUGAAAAUGCUGCUUGUCAAAAUUUCGACGGCGGAUUCCAUUGUGUGUGUAAUAGCGGAUUCGAAGGAAAUGGCGUUAAUUGCAAACCUCUCACAGAGUCCAUAUCACAGUGCCAAAAUAAUAAUUGCGACCCCAAUGCACAGUGCUUAUUGAACUUUAUGGGACAACCUGUUUGUCUUUGUAAAUUAGGAUAUACAGGGAAUGGACAAUCCUGCUGGCCAAUUCAACAACAUACGUGUGAUAAUGCUUGUUCACAAGAUGCGUCAUGUGUGUUUGAUGAUACCGCAAGAAAUUAUAUUUGUAAAUGCCACGCCGGAUAUUCUGGUGAUGGAUAUUCUUGCAUAGAAGAGCCUCCUUCUACGACGCCAGAGCCAGCGCAAACAGAAGAAGUUUAUAAUGAUACCAUUGUUCUUCCUAACUGUGAUAAUUAUGGAGAAUGUUCGUGUCCUGAUGGUUACUCAAGUUUCAGAGAUAAUGCUAACAAUGAUUUAUGCAAACUCGAUUCAUAUGAUCCCUAUGCUCCACCGGAAAAUCCUGAACCUGUAACGGACAGAGACAGCAGUGAUUAUGGAGUGAAAUGUGUAUCAGAAAUAGACUGCCCUCCAAACGCUUAUUGUUCAUUGAACUACGAAAAUGUAGGACACUGCGAGUGUCAAGAAGGUUACGUGGGUGACGGGUACGAAUGCAUAGAGAAAACCAGUCACGAAUGCACAUGUGGUCACUCUGCUCACUGCAUCGACACUCCAACUGGAGAACUGUUGUGUGUCUGCGACAUUGGCUACCACGGCGAUGGUUAUGACUGCCGACCUAACUUCAUCUGCGCCAACAACUCAGACUGUGAACAGAACGCUGAAUGUCGACUCGAUCCUGCCAGUAACGAGUACAUAUGCCAAUGUAUCGAUAGAUAUAUCAAAGAUCAAAACGACGCUUGUAUACCUGAUGCCCAACUUUGCAAUGGAGCUCAAUGUGCACAAUUUGCUUCUUGUCUGUACGACGAAAAUAUCAACGUCAAUUAUUGUCAGUGCAACACUGGAUACAUGGGCGAUGGAGUUACCGAAUGCACGAAAGAAUCCUAUAAUUCUUACCCCUUACAAUAUUAUCCGGUAAAUCCGAAUCCUUUAUCAGAAACAACAUCGACACCUACAUGCUACGAACUGAAUGACUGUAGCGUCAAUGGAUAUUGCUCACCGGUUGAAAAUACGUAUAGGUGUGUAUGUGCUGAUGGAUAUAUAGGUGAUGGUUACGCAUGUACAUUAGAAGAAAACUGUAGGAAUACCCCUGAUUUGUGCGACCAUCGAGCAUCAUGCCUCAGAAGAGGUGAUUCUUAUGAAUGUGUUUGUAAUAGCGGAUAUAAUGGAAAUGGUAGUUACUGCCAACUGAAUCCAAGACAAGCUGGCAACUUCUUAGUCGUCAGCGACGGUGCGUCGGUGUACAGAGUUCCUUUCCAAAUAAGCGCCAACCAGUUUGCAAUUCCUCUGAACAGUGCUAUUUACCAAAUAGCUGUGGGAGUAGACGUGGAUUGUCAGAAAGGCAGAAUCUUCUGGGGAGACGUCAACAGCAAUGUAAUAAAGAGUAGCGCAUACGAUGGUUCAACGUUCGAGCAAUUUUUAAUGACUGACGUAUUAGCUCCUGAGGGCAUAGCUAUUGACUGGGCAGCUCGGAAUUUAUUCUGGACCGACUCGAAGAAACUCACCAUUGAAGUUGCUAAUAUCGACACUAAAGUCCGAAAGGUUUUGUUCUCCAAGAACGGCAUUGUGAAUCCUAGAGGCAUCGCUGUGCAUCCGCAAAGAGGAAAAGUGUUCUGGUCUGAUUGGAACCGUUCAGGCGCUAAAAUAGAAUGGGCAAACAUGGACGGCUCCCAGCGAGGGAUCUUCCUGGACCAGGUUGAUGUGAAUCUUCCGAACUCUUUAGCUAUCGACUGGCAACGAGACCGGCUCUGCUUCGCGGAUGCUGGACUGUCAGCCAUCAAGUGUAUGGGCAUCGAUUCAUUAGAGAAGGAAACUGUUGUAGCCAACUGCACUUACCCAUUCGGAUUGGCUAUAAACGGAGACAAGUUCUAUUGGACUGAUUGGAGAUCCCGAAAAGUGGAAUACAUGGACAUAUCAAACGGUGUGAAAGGUCGGGCACCCAUCUCCAAAGCGUCCAAACUGUACGGCGUAGCCGUGGUCCCUGAAGAGUGCCCGUCCGCCUCAAACUACUGCCAGUAUUGGAACGGCAACUGCAAGUCAGAUGAACUGUGUCUCCCGAAUGGACAAGGCAGCAGGGUUUGUUUGCCAGGAGACAACGGAGGUUACGAAGAAAACAGAAUAAUUUAAUAGCUUUAACUUCGCAGACAGUGCGAAAGCGAAUUUUCUAAAUGAAAACCAGGCCGUAGUGCGACUUUGCUAUUUACAUCUCAUCAUCGAGUCGAUUCGCAGUGAGACGCAGCUAACCAAUCACAGUGCGCCAUUGUGACGUAACGACAACCACGCCGCAAUGUGAUUGGUUCGCUAAAUCUCAUUUCGAAUCGACGAAACGCAAAUUCGUACUUCGCUUCACUUUCAGUUUUCGCUAUUGGUUCGUUGCAUUUAUUUGACAAACAUAUAAUUGAGGGUUAUGUAGGUUGAAAUAAAGGCCGCCACUUUAUUCACAAAUAGACGCUCUGACGCUCGUCAUUUGUAUCCCAUCAUAUCCUUGUAUCAAUGGUGAUGGUGAUUGUAUUUUUAAACCUGUCCAUUUUACUUUCAACAGUUAGGUACCAUGUGUUUUCAGUGAAACAAUCGAUUUUAAACCACUACUAGAAUAGCGAUUAAUCGAGAUAAAACCCUAAAUAUAGAAUUUAUACGUGUGUUUCAUGUAAGUGUAAAUGUUUAUAUUUUAUGAACUGAUUAUAUUGCUUAGGUUGACCGCUACAUUAGAGCGCGGCCUGACUGCUCCAUUAAGCUGCGUUGCGUUCACACAGCGUAGUCACUCCGUCAUUUUACAUUCGAAGAAAUAAAAUAAAUAUUUUGACAUUGAUGUUCAUAGAAUACAGUAGUGAAACUUAAUAUUGAUUUGUUGACGGAACGCAAUGCGACGGAGCAGUAAGGCCGCGUCCUUACGCGUAGUCGUGGCACGUGUCACGUGGCUCUCCCAUCUCAUUAUGUAUCAUCUCUUGCGUUAUGCUAUGCUCACAGAACCAAUCACAGUGCGCCAUUGUGACGCAACGACAACCACACCGCAAUGUGUUUGAAGGGAUAGUGCAGCUUUUACUCGAUCAAACGAAUCGACCACGUAAACGCGAAUUUGUAUGGAAUUGCAUUAGUACCAUCGCGUUACCACUAGUUGGCGCUGAUUAAAUCCCAUAAAAUUCGCUUUAACGCGGUCGCGAUUUGUCUUGUGAAAUGUAAACCCGUAUUAAGCCCUGUUUUUCUUUGCGGUAAAUAAAAGCUCUCAUACAAACUACACUAUGCUUGUACAUUUGCGUCGAUAUUAUAAGUUCGGCGAUAGUGUGUGCCUUAGAUGUGUGAUUGAGACAUACAGAAUUCACCUGUGUAAUGUAACCACGCGUCACUUAAUACCAAAGAAAAUAGAAAUAAUAUUAUUAUAUUGAAUAUUGUAGAAUAGAUUUGUGUGUUAUGUAUCCAAAUAUGCAUUUCUGGAACCAUAUACAGAUAGUACUAAGAAUGAUAUUAAUUGAUAAUUUAUUGAUCGUUUUUAAAUAAUAUAGGUAUAAUAAAUUUAUUAUACAAAAA